CUGAGUUGUUUUACAAUUUAUAGAGGCAUUCACAAUACCUCCGUACUAAAAAUGUUGUCUAUUUGGAUAAUUCAUCGUUGGAGAGGGCUUUUAAUACGUUGAACAAUAUCCGGAAUUUAGCAGCUUCUCGGUAGCUUACAGAGAAAUAAGUAAAACCUUUCUGGGGGGCAAAAGCUCCUUUCCUAAUCUCUCUUUUAUCGCUGUACGAAUUUAAACGAUACGCCAGCUAAACAUGAAAAUGAAGGUCUAUGCUGCUAAUUUUAAUUGUCGAAAUUUUAAAUUUAUCGAUCUGCGAGUAGACAAUCCAAUACUUCCCAUUCAAAGCAUUGAUAUGUACGGACAAUCGAUGCGAGUUACCGUAGAUAGUUAUGUUAAUACAGCCGCGACUAAGUUAAGAAAUUUAAGCUAUUAAAACGAAAUGGCCGCUAACUGCGUUCGAAUGAAUUCACCUUCGAACGUCAUACUGGGAAUUGGGGUUUGUAGCUCUUAGAAGAAUUUUGACACAGGGCUGAUUUAUGAGCUGAGUUAUGCCGCACGGUAAUAAGAGGAAUCGGAAAUGGCAACAUGGUGUUGGUUGUACUUGUUUUAGACGAAAAGGUGCCAAGCGAGAUUGGCGGGCUAAAUGGCUCUGGAUUUGCACCGUGAUGACGUAUUUUUAGCAAUGAGUACAAACACAAAAGAGAGGAAAGCGCGUUGAGCUACACAGUACUAGGCGAUAACAAAACGGAUUCAUCGCCAAGGGAGGUCGAAGUGGUUUAUAAUUACGCAUAGAACCUUGCUGUUUAUCGUAGGUGGAGGGGGUAACUCCAAAGUGAGUGAACAAGACACUUUCGGAAACUGCGUGACAGGUUCAAAAAGACAGUCAAAUUAAAAAAUAAAUUGUGUUUAUAGAUGACGUGCCAAAGUCGCGCAAACAAAAGCACAAAAGAAUUGGCUUUGAUUUCUGUUCUUCGGUAAUUCACACUCUGUCAGAGAGGCUGUGUGAACUGAGCUGGAAAACGGGGCGGAGCUGCAUGAUCCACAUUGAAGCAGCGGAUAUAAACGGGAGAGCGGACUUAUAGAGAUAAGCUGAUUACGGCUGGCAGUAGGACAGUCAUAUGCAGAUGACAAGUAGUCCAGUCUCGAGAAAACAUCACGCGCCUCAUAAGAGUUCGAUGGUUCACUGCUGGAAGAUGAGACUUUUUUUCUUCUGUGCCCUCCUAACAGGAGCAGUGACCAAUGGUUUACAAGACUCCUUCACAAUCAUCACAGACGAGGAUGAACCAGUGACAUUCGACUUUUUAAAAUACAUUAAAGCAUCUGAGAAACUUGCUCCGAAGGUUGUCGUCAUCCAGCAGCCGAAGUACGGAGCGUUUGCCAGCUCACCAGACAGCAAUCUCAACGUACAAAAUGAACUUUGUGACGCUCAAGCAACAUACAUACCGUAUGAAGACUUUUCAGGCGAAGAUGUCUUCGUUUAUUCGUAUCUUUACGAAAACCUUACGACGACUACUGACGGGAGUCUUCAGGCUCGAAUCAUUGUCCGACCAAAGCCGGAUGCAAUUGUGGCUCGGUCUGAUGAAGUAACUAUGACUUCCGAUGAAGGUCACGUGCACAUCCCAGUUUUAAAGAACGAUUACAGCAAGGAUGGCUCCGGUGUGUGUAUAACAACAGAGGAAGAGAACCAUUUCUCGGACAACAAACAGCAGAUAAAGUUUGAAGACAUAGCAGUCAGUCUAGGUAUGACAGCAAUACAACAACAGCCGCCCAAGGCUCCAGACUGUCUGUUUGACCAGUACGAUCCAAACAUGAAAAUUUGGAUCCCGGGCUCCUUUUGCAUCGUGGAAAUCAGUUCCGGAGCGGCAGCAACCGCUGACUACGAUGGUGAUGGGCUCAUGGAUAUUUACUAUGCUCGUAUGGAUGGUCCAGAUCAAUUGUGGCGUAACCUUGGCAACGGAACUUUCAAAGACUUUACCGCCGCUGCCAACCUGAGCUCCACGGCUUUCCAUCGUUCGUCGGCAGUUGCUUGGCUGGAUGUUGACAACGACGGUGAUAUGGAUCUCUAUGUAGGCACCAUGGCAGAGAGCAAAUUUUUUUUGUACAUAAAUGAUGGCAUGGGCCAUUUUAAAGAUGAGGCAGAGGAGAGGGGCGUUGCUUUAAGGCCUGCAAUAUCACCCUACAAAACAAGUACCAUGACAAUUGCAGUUGGAGACUACGACAGAGAUGGUUGGCUGGAUGUCUACACAACAGAGUGGCUUCCUCAUCUUGAUCUUGGUUUCGACUACAAAAACUACACUCAUUCCAACUGUCGCUUGCUUAGAAACCUUGGCGCGCAAGGCAAACCGGGAUACUUUGAAGAUGUAACCGAAGGUGCAGGACUGGGUAUCACCAAGGAACCAUCCGUAGCUGCAGACAGAUUUGGUGGAGUGGAUGUGAGAUAUUAUGGAGUAAUGAACACAGGGCUUCUCAGAGACAUCAUCCCAGGACCAUUCCAGCUGGCAGCCAUGUUCACUGAUUUGGACGGUGACGGUUAUCAAGACCUGAUAAUAAACGGGGAUUUCAAAACAAGCGUUUUAUAUUGGAAUAAUGGGGACGGAACUUUCACGGACGCGACCGAGUCGAGUGGCGUUGGAACGGACGAGAAUGGAAUGGGUUCCACAGUAGCCGACUAUGAUCUUGAUGGCCGGCAGGAUUGGUUUUUAAGCAGUAUUCACAUGUCUGCGGAACAAAUGGAGCCAUUUAGAGAAGUCUAUCUCGGUGGAGGAAUCAUCUUUGGGCAUACUGGAAACAGGCUUUACAGGAACGAAGGAGGUCGUAAAUUCUCGGACCAGACUGACUCGGUCGGAGUUCGCUAUGGGAACUGGGGAUGGGGCGCAUCCUUCUUUGACUUCGACAACGAUGGCGACCUGGAUCUCAUCCACACGAAUGGCUUCGAUGAUCCAGAGGUGACGGACACAGAUUUUCUUCAUCACACCCGAACCCGUCUGUAUCAAAAUAUGUAUUUUGAGGACAAUAACGGCCAAAUUAGAUUUGAGGAAGUUGGCCAAAAACUGGGCAUCACUGAUGUUUUCGACGGGAGAGGCGUUUUCAUCUUCGACUACGAAGAAGAUGGGGACUUAGACGUUUUCAUCGCCAACAACGCAAACCGUCCUGUCCUUUAUCGAAACAUUGGCGGCAACAAAGUUGAUUUCAUCCGCGUCAAAGUUAUGGAGGCCAGCGUCGAGAGGGAAAGUCAUGGCGCUUGCGUCUACUUGUACUCGCCUCGGCUAGAGAAAGAAGUUCUCCGUGAAGUGCGAAGCUCAUCCGGGUUUUCAGCCCAAGGAGAGUACGUUGUCCACUAUGGGCUGGGUGCGGAAACCGCCGACACUUUUCGAAUCCGCGUUUAUUGGCCAGCCACUAACAAUACACGGAUUAUUCACGACGUGCCCAGGAGAUCUUCCCUUGUUGUACGAGAUAUCUGGGGUCAUCGCAAUGCAGUUGAGGAGACAACAUCCCCCAGUGAGUCGGUUCCAGGCUGCACCAAGUUAUUAGUGAAGGAAGUGACCCGGAAACCAGAGCAUGGUCAGGUGAUGGUAGGACCCAAGCACGUGACAUACUAUCCAGACGCAGAAUUCUUUGGCGAAGAUAACUUUAACUAUGCUGUUAGUGACGGAGUUGGCACAGCUAUUGCUACAGUGAAAGUCAAGGUCACUAAAGUGGAGACCCCCGCUCCUUCUCCAGAGCAAUUGUCAGAAAAGUUUGCCCGCUUGGACGCAGUCAACAACAACCCGAUCGACCCUGACUGCGGAAAGCCACUCAUGCCGCUACAGCGCCUGUUUCCCCCAGCAUACGCUGACAGCUUCGAUGCACCCGCGGGCUCCAACAGAUCAAGCCCACGACUUAUAUCCAAUGUUGUUUGCGAUCAGCGCAUUGACAUAUUCAGCAAAACCGGUCUGAAUGACUUCCAUAUGCACUUUGGUCAGAUGUUAGCUCAUGACACUGAUUUUGCAACACCGUACGCCAAUUUCCUGACCACUGAUAACCUUGGCAUUCAAAUCCCAGAAGGUGACCCUUGGUUCGACCCGCAUGGAACAGGCAAAGAAAUAAUGCGAUUUAGAAGAUCUGGCAUCCUUCAGACCAGCGGGAAAAUGCAUGGUAGACCACGUGAACAGAUCAACAAGGUUACAGCAUUCAUUGACCUGUCUCUAGUUUAUGGAUGCGAUGAAGGACGAGCAGAAGUUUUACGAACAAUGGAAAACGGUAAAUUGAAGCACCAAUCCAGUGAUAUCCUCGACUUUAACACUAAAGAAGUCACUAACUUGAACCUUCUGAAUGGACCACGUGACAAAAUGCUCGUCUCUGGGGACAACCGAGUGAAUGUGCAGCCUGGCCUCAUCGCCCUUCACACGCUUUGGUCACGCGAACACAAUCUUAUCUGCGAUGAGCUGAUGAAACAUCCAGGGAACGAAAAUAUGGACGACGAGACUCUGUUCCAGCACGCAAGAGCCUUAGCUCGAGCCAAGUGGCAGAAGAUAGUUUGGAGCGAGUUUUUGCCAACUGUCAUCGGCCUGGCGGAGUAUGACAAACUGGGCCCCUACAAGGGAUACAACGCCUCUAUAAAGGUUGGCAUCUUCAACGAGUUCGCCACGGCGGCCUUCCGAUUUGGCCACAGUCAGGUUGGAAACAUUAUGCCGCGACUGAACGAAAACUGGACCAUGUUAGGACAUGGUCACCUAACUCUACGUGACGCGUACUUCAAUCCAGGGCGCGUGCUACGUGAAGGUGGAAUUGAACCGCUGAUAAGAGGCAUGCUGACACAGAAGGCUCAGGAAGUUGACUUGAAGUUUUCAGACUCUGUGCGAAACUUCUUGUUUGGAACCAACACAAUGGGUCUCGACCUCGUGGCUAUCAACAUACAGAGAGGAAGGGACCACGGUAUUCCAGAUUACAACACAGUGCGGGAAGGACUUGGUUUGUCAAGACGUAAAAACUUUGCUGAGAUAACGCCCGAUAAGGAUCUUCAAGAAAGACUUUCACAAGUUUACCCAGAUAUAGAUGAUGUUGACCUGUGGAUCGGUGGAUUAGCAGAACCACAUGUCGAUGGUGGAUGUGUCGGGGAAACUUUCGCUCGAAUUAUUGCUCUCCAGUAUCGAGUAUUACGUGACGGAGACCGCUUUUGGUACGAAAAUACGGACACAGCUCUCUAUCAACUCAAGGACAGAACCACCUUACCGACCCAAGGAACUAGCAUGGUGGAAGUUUUGUACAGGAACACGGGCAUCAAGUGGAAGAAAUCUCCCUUUAUCGCCAAAGACAUGUAAUCUUACAGAUAACAGUUGAAACCACCACAAUUUCUGCUGAUGGGAGAGACAUACAUCAAUCGGACUGAGCGCCGACGCACAGAUUUGCCAUAAUGAUCACUGAGGUGAGGCACUUGGCAGUCAUGUGUAACGUGAACACAUGUUUGGAUACUUAGACAACAUUUAUACGUGAAUUUGAGACAAUUUUGGACACUCUUUAAUGUUAUGAACGAACAUUACGAAAUCAUAGUGCAAUAUCGAUAUUACGAUCCCACUUGCUCCAGACAAAAUUUUGUUCAUGGUAAGUUAAGCUCGGUUUAAUUUGAUUCUGGUGAAAUGACGUUGAUAUCUCCAAAACGAAGGUAAAUGUUUUUUUUUAAAGACAGAAAACUACUUCCCAAACAAUCAACUUAAAAUCAUUUUAAUGAUUUUAAAAAAUUUUAAAGAUUGACUCUUAUUUUUGGUUUUAUGCAGCCUACAAAAUCGAGAAUAAUAUCUCUUUUUUUUUUACACUUUUGUCCGCCAUGAAGAAAGUAUAUACUGCCUACUUCUCAGGGUCUUUAUGCUGGAGUAAAUUGGAAAUUUUGCUCUGAGAGACAUAAAAAUCCUAUAAAUUUUUUAUCGCCCAUAUUCUAUGUAAACACAAUUAAGGGAAAUCGCCAAAAUUAAUUAGGAAUUUCGUAGUAUCGACAUUGCGCUGUAUUGUUAACUGAAACAUAAUUGUAGAUAGUAUAGUACAGGACUUAAAAAUGCUUGGACGUGUCCACUGAUAACCCUUAGUUUAGUAGGUGACUUAAAAGUUAAACUUGCCAUUAUGAAAUAGUAACGAGAUUUUAUGCUUCAUUCCUGAGAAUGUUUGCUAAUUUCAAUAAGCCAGUACCUAAACAGGCUUAAAAAGUUUAAGUGAGCAGUCGGUUUCCUCUUUUUUUUUCAUGGAUCAGGAGUGUUUUUAAGCAAGCCAAAGAGUUUUCAAUUUACAACGUAACAUUGCUUCAAUGUGAGAAAUAAGAAAGGAAACUUGCACACAUCUUAUAGAACAUGAACCUUUUUUAAAAGUAAGGAAAUCUUAACGCCUGAUAACAUAUUUUUAUGAGGAAAAAAUUGGAUUGGAGCAAUGUUAGGGAUUUUGGAAUUGUUUUAGUACACAGAACUAUGCAAAGGGAGAAAGCUCGAGAAGAUCGUACCAGCCAAUCGCAGUGAUCCCCCUGGUUCCGUUUCUGAUUGGUCGCCCAAACCAUGUCCUGCAAUUGGUAGAAAAUCAUCGCAAGUGCCCACUAUUAGUAUUUCGGAUAAGAAACCGGUAGCGAUAUACUUUAAACUUUGAAGCGAACAACAUGAAUUAUUCUAGAAGGCUUGAAAAUUAUCUGAAUCAUCGCAAUUGUGAACUUAAGAGUCCGAUUCUCUCUCCUAAGUGAGGGGAAAAGGAGUUCUUGGUCUCAAUAACUGAAGGAUAUUUACCCAAAUAUUUUAAGUAACUCGAACUGUAAAUAGAAACGUAUUUAUUAACCACGUUAUUUAGUGUUAAGUAUUCUUAUAUAUUUACUAACUGUCACCCAGCAGCUGACUUGCACCCAGUCUCCGAUGUCAUAGGGCAAGUCUGGAAACGAGUCAGCCCUACAAUUGGAAGUCGAAAUUUGGCAGCCAGCUAUUAGCAGAAUCAGUGAAUUUAGUAAACAUGUAUCUAUUAUAGUUUUUUAACUGUUUCAAGAAAUAGUAGGAAACAGAGGUAAUAAAACCAUUUUUUCAGAUA